CUCCUCCUCUCCUAGCGGAUAACGGUGUCCAAGAAGUUAUUCCGGACCUGGGGGAGACAAAAGCGCGCAGUCCGCCAGUCCAGCGUCGACGCACGGCCAUCGCUCCUAAAUGCGCUGCCUGUAGAGCGGAAAGCAGCCGGCUGAGAUCAGAUCAUGGAGGAUUUGGGACUGUCUGAGCCGCCUUGCUACCCUCUCAGUCCUCGUAUUGUUGUGUUUGAUGCCCUUCUUGCAGACUUGGAGAACACCGGCUCUCCUCUUCCUCGGUGCCCCGUCUUGCUCACCUCCGACCCUCCACAGAAUCCCGAUGCCAACUCCCACGACGCGGCCCAGGCCCGGCCGCCGCCGCCAGCCUACACGCCGCAGCAGACUGUUUCUGCAGCGAUGAAGUCUUCAACCAACUCCAACCCGGACAAAUUAUACAGCACCGUGUGCAAACCGCGCUCCCCUCGCUCAGCAGAUCCUCCGCCUGCCUUCUCCUCCUCCUCCCUGCUGGGCGGAGGUCUGAACGAGCUGGAUCAUCUGCUACAGGAGCUCAACGCCACCCAGUUUAACAUCACAGAUGAGAUCCUGGCACAGUUUCCCUCCUCGAAGAAAGAUGAGCGGGACAAGAUCAAGGAUAAGGCAACGACGUCCUCCUCGGGCUCUUCUAAGCCAUCAGCAACCUCGGCCACCAUGGAGUUGGACAAACUGAUGGCUUCCCUGUCUGACUUCAGAGUCCAGACUACACCAGUUCCAGCCGUCAGCCCGGUGGUCACCGCCGCGCCGCAGCGUCCCACCACCCCGCCGCAGCAGCCCGCGGCUCCACCGCAGCCCUCAUCUGGAGGCUCCCUGGACAGCAUGCUGGGGCUCCUCCAGUCGGAUCUGAGCCGACAAGGAGUCCAGACCUCCUCCAAAGGAAACUGCUCGGCCUGCCAAAAACCGGUUGUAGGACAGGUGGUGACGGCUCUGGGGAAGGUGUGGCACCCGGAGCACUUUGUGUGCACGGAGUGUGAGACGGAGCUGGGCAGCCGCAACUUCUUCGAGAAGGACGGGCGGCCGUACUGCGAGUCGGACUACUUCACGCUCUUCUCGCCCCACUGCGCUCACUGCAGCAAACCCAUACUGAACAAAAUGGUCACUGCUCUUGACAAGAACUGGCACCCGGAGUGUUUCUGCUGCGUCAAAUGCAGCCGCUCAUUUGGAGACGAAGGUUUCCACGACCGUGACGGCCAGCAGUACUGUCAGCAGUGCUUCCUGGCCCUGUUUGCCUCCCGCUGUCAGGGCUGCAGCCAGCCCAUUCUGGAAAACUACAUCUCAGCGCUGAACUCUCUCUGGCACCCGCAGUGCUUCGUAUGUCGGGAGUGCUACACGCCCUUCGUCAACGGCAGCUUCUUCGAGCACGAGGGCAAGCCGCUGUGCGAGGCGCACUACCACCAGUCCCGCGGCACCAUGUGUCAGGCCUGCCAGCAGCCCAUCCUGGGGCGCUGCGUCACCGCCAUGGGGGCCAAGUUCCACCCCCACCACCUGGUGUGCCACUUCUGCCUGAAGCCGCUGAGCAAAGGCUGCUUCAAGGAGCAGGAGAGCAAACCCUACUGCCACCCCUGCUUCAUCAAGCUCUUUGGUUAGGGACGCAGCUUCCAAAAGCCACGUGACAUUUCUUCUUCUUUUUUUUUUUUUUUUUGCAGUUUGUCUUAGUUAUUUAGUGUGGGAGUAAGGAUGGAGCAGGGCUCACCCACCGCCACGCAUAUUUCUUUAUUAAAAAAACUGAAGUGGAGACAAAUCAUGAGUUAAAUCGGUGCCAAAUGUUUCUCACCUGCACUUAAAUUGAGCUUUUUGUUUUUUUUUGCAAAAGGAAGUAAAGAAACAGAUUAAAUGUGUUGUUUCAGUUCAAGAGAUUUAAUGUUAUGAAAGAAAAUUCCUUAUAAUAUAUUUGCUUUUUAUUGCUACAAGUACACAUUUCACUGCAUUUGCCUUUUUUAUAUAUUGUUUGCUGAUUGCUCAAUGUGUUUAUGUAAGCUACCUUAUGUUUAAAGUCAGGUAUCAUUCACUUACUAUUGCUCUAUGCAAAAUGUCAGAUGCGUUUCUAGAAAUAAAAAUGUUUUUAUGAG